UGCAGCUCUGCGGCCAUGCCGGCUAAAACCGUCUUCCGGCUUUUCUCUCAUAGGAGCAUCGCAGCUAAACCAGCUAUGGAGGACGCUCAUUUACCAGCAGUUGGUGUUGGAAUAGCCAUCGUGUCCAGUUUCGUCAAUGGAUCGACGUUUGUGCUCCAGAAAAAGGGAAUACUGCGAGCUCGCGGGUCAGGUAGGACUUACCUGGCUGACUGUGUGUGGUGGUGUGGGACACUUGCAAUGAUAGUGGGUCAAAUAGGGAACUUCCUGGCUUACAAUGCAGCACCAGCAGUACUGGUCACUCCUCUUGGGGCCUUGGGUGUCCUGUUUGGAGCUGUCCUGGCCUCCUGGCUGCUGCAGGAGCAUCUGAAUAUCCUGGGGAAGCUUGGCUGUGUGUUGUGCUGCUGUGGUUCAGUUGUGCUCAUCAUUCAUUCUCCUAAGUCUGAGAGUGUGGCAUCGAGAGUUGAAUUAGAGGAGCGUCUUCUGGACCCAGUGUUUCUAAGCUACAUCACACUGGUGGUCCUGCUGCUGGUUGCACUGAUUGGCUGGCUCUCUCCAGCUUAUGGAAAGUCCAACAUCAUGGUGUAUGUGGGCAUCUGUUCCCUGUUGGGGAGCUUUACAGUGCCCAGUUGUAAAGGCCUGGGUCUGGCUGCAAAGGAUGCCUUUAGUGGAGACUUCACUACAGACAACAGAGCCAUGUACCUUUUUCUGUGUUUGCUGGCAGUUCUCAUAGUCUGCAUUCUCAUCCAGUUCACUUUCAUCAACAAAGCCUUGGAGAACUUCAGCUCCAACAUGUUUGAAGCGGUGUAUUAUGUGGUAUUCACAUCUUCUGUCAUCCUAGCCUCUGCCAUCCUCUUUAAGGAGUGGGAAACAUUAGGCCUUUUGGACUGUUUGGGUAUUCUGUGUGGAUUCACCACAGUAUCUGUGGGUGUUACUUUAUUACGCAUAUCACAAGAAGCUGUGAUCACAUGGACUCCAGCAAAAACAAAGGAGGAGUAAAUAGCAAUACUGAUUUUUUUUCCAGUAUAAAUGUGCUACAGUGUUACAGCUGAAUUAUACCAACCUUUCAUCAUUUCUGUAUAAUCUAGUCUUUGAGAUGUAAACAGUCAUUCAGAGUGGUUCGAUGUAGAAUGGGUCAUUGUAGAGAAACUUAUUAACUCAUAUUUCUGUACCAUGCAAAUAUAGAUAUUUUAUUUACUAUCCAAAAUAGUCACUGAACAUGCAUGUCUUUUGAGUUUUUAUAUGUAAUGUAAAUUAUGGUAAAAUAGUUGUAAAUCUGGAAAAAAAGGUUUCUUUGCUGUUUUAGGCCAAAAAUUGUAGUAAGACGGUGUCUCAGACAUUAGGCAGGGUAUUAAUAAGCUCUUAAUUUAAUAGUUUUCUGUGAGGAAGCUUAUAGAUGCCUUAAACAUCCGAUGUCUGGUUCCUAUCACCACCACUGUGAACAGUUCUUGAAGAACUUGGAGCCUCUAGAACAGAGCAUUUCAAAUCAAACCCCUCUGGAUGACUUUUCAUGUCUUUAUCGUUUAGUAAUGCAGACAUUGUUAAGAAUGGAUGAACUUCUAGUUUAAUACACU